GCUGCGCGAGCCAGGGAGGGGCUCCGGCGCCGAUCCGAGGCAUCCGCACGCACCUCCGAAAGCUCAUGUUCGCGUCGCUGUUUCUGCUCCGGCGCAUGCUCAACGUUGCGCUGCACUCCCAGGUUGAGGACCCCAGCCUGCCCGACGACGUCGAGUACACGAGGGCGGUUCUUCGGGAGGUUGCCCAGGGCAGACGCCUGCCCAUCGACCUCGCCGACGUCAGGUGCGUCGGCUUCUCCAGGGGGGCUCGCUUCUGCUCGCGGCUGGCGUCGCAGCUGUCCAGCUUCCUCGCGGGCGUGGCGGCGGUCGGCGGCGUGCGCUUCCCAGAGCCCAACAACGCGACGCGGCCCAUGCCCAUCAUCGCGUUCCACGGCACCGACGACCCCGUCAAUCCCAUCAGGGGAUCUGGGGACCCUAGCUACUGGCACUCGUCUGUGGAUGCCGCGGUGCGGCGGUGGGCGCGCUUCAACGGGUGCGAGGAGAGCUCCCGGUCGCAGGCGGCAGGGGUAGUGACGAUCAGCCACACGAAAUGUGCCGAUGGGGCCGACGUGAGGCUGCUGCGGAUGGCGGGGGCAGGACAUACUUGGCCAGGAUCGCACUUUGGGUAUGACAAGGAGGCCGGCAGCACAUCGCUUGCUAUCGAUGCCAACCAAGUCAUGUACCGGUUCUUUGCCGACCACCCUCGGCCCCGCGGGGAGUGCGGCAAGCCGUUGCCCGGCAGCGAUUGCUACCAGCACGUGAAGCAGGCGAUGGACGAGGCCAUCCUGACGCACCCCGACAGAUAUCCAGGACUCACGCCGCGCUCCUCCUUCGAGGAUGUCCAGCUGCUCUGCCGGCAGUUCUUCUACGCAGAUUGCCCCGAGCCGUGUGGCCACCGUGCGAAUGACUCUGCGACUCACCCCAUCGUGCAGAAACCUAAACCUCCAGGGAGCUCCCGGGUGCCAAUGGCCAGACGCGAGCGCCACUUGCACGAGUUGCUGUGGACAGGCGAGGUGUGGCAGUGGCAGUGGGCGGUCUUCGGCCUCGCGCCGCUCUUCGUCCUCGGUGGCUGCAUCGCGGGCGCGAGGCGCACUGCUGGAGCGGGCUCUCUGGUGGCGGACGCCUCCGAAGAGCUGUGCGCUGGCACAGAGGCAGACGUGGGGCUGCUGUCCAGCUCGAACUGAGCACAGUCGGCAAGCGGUUGGGGCAGGUGCCACGGCUCGCCCCGGAGGAGUCGGCGCACGUCGACGUACCCUCUGACUGGCGACUGGGCGGAAGCCACCGUUGCCACAGCUGUGCGCCCCGUUCGCAGGCUACGCGAAGCGUCCUGCAGGUUAAUGAUGCCGUUGGCCUCGCGCCUCCUGGCUCCCUGGAGUCGACUGCCUCCUCCUCCUCUUCUUCCCUCUCGUCAUCAUCCUCCCCUAUCUUCGGUAAUCAGAGGAGGAAAACGGAUCGUCGAUCACGACGAGAACUGCUGACCCUUGGCCAUCACCAUCUCAACGCUCGCUACAUCGAAUUUGCUCUGCUCGUGUUGCUCCACGGCUCCUGCAGCGGUGACGAUCCAGGGUGCAAGACCGCGUCUGCCGCUCGAAGAACCGAUCGAUCCAACGCGUAGCAAGAAUGAAGAUCAGCA